AUGGUUUUGUAUCUUUCUAAUGAGAAAUGGUAUGACAUGAAGAAGAAAGAAACAAUCGUUGAUGAUUGCAUUAAAAAUUGCUCCCCUAAAAACAUCGAAAAAUUUAUCGAUUGUAAAGAAAAAUUUACAAAAACCGUCGAUGUAAAUGACAUGUCACUUUUGAAGUUUAUCAUUGACAGUGAUAACUCUGAUGCAUGCAAUUUCGCGAAGUCCAAAUUAUCGCAGCCAAUUGUUGAAAUUGUUACAAAAUGUACUCUGUCAAAUUUACAAAAUUUGUCACUUUUUGAAAGUACUAUUUCAACUCUUCAGAGCAAGAAUAUGAUCUCUGAAGAAGAAAAGAAUGAAUUAAGGUCUCGAAUGGUUGUUAUGAUUUCUAGAAGUAAGUCAAACAAAGAAAUUUUCAACGCGAUAAAUAUUCUUUCGGAAAAAAUCGAAUUUCCGAAAGAAAUCGUUGAUAAAUAUUGCUGUGGUUUCGUGUCUUCAAACAACAGCAAUUUUAAGGAUAAUUCUACUUUGAAUUCUCUUGAAUUAAUUCGAAAGUGGAGUGAAUUAAAACUCGAAUUUAACUUGUUGAUUUCGUUGAUGAAACAAUUGAGAAAAGACAAAUUGUUGAACCAAGAAAUAGCUUUGGAAAUUGCUUUGUCUUCCUUCAACAUGAAGAAUGACUCAUUAAGAACUGAUGCCAAAUUAUGGUCUGAUAUUUUGGAUGAAGAAAACGAACUGAAAUUACUUGAAAAAACUGGUGAUUUCGGAUUUGGAUUGACCUCUUCCAAACCAAAUGUUGUUGUUAGAGCUAAGCUGAUGAUGAAUGAUGAUGGCGAUCUUCCACAAGGAGCAAUUGAACAGAUCAUUGAGAGAAAGGAAGUUCACAUGUUCGUUGAUACUCCAAGAUUUAACCAAAUUGUUAAAUCAAUUAAAUCUCCAAAACAACUCAAAAAUGUCAUUUUCUGCUUGAAGGAAAAUGGAAGAAAGAAAGAGAUAGCAAGCAUUGCAAUCGAUUACUUCGGAAUACCUGAUGCUUUGUCACAGAAUAUUGAUGAUGUUGUUGAUUUAACUUAUCAAUUACUAAAAUAA